AUGGCGGGAAACACCGACGAAGAUUGUCAAGCCCUUGUCCGCCUGGUCGAGUCGUACAAGGCCGAGGCGCGGGCGGCACGGGCGCGGGCGGCUGAGGCCGAGGCUAGGGUGGGUGUCGAGAAGGAAAAGUCGGCGGCGGCGGCGGAUAAGUAUCGCGCGCUGAUGCGGAAGACGACGGCGCUGCAGAAGCGACUGGACAAUGAGUUCUUUGAGCGUAAGUUUGAGGCCCACAAGGCCGAAAAGGCCCAGUUUGAGUCACUAGCCGAGUCGCUUGCCGCCGAUAUGGCCCGUGACGCACGCCAGCGCGAGGCAGAGCUCGAUGCACUGGCAGACAGGCUGCGAGCGCGCGAAGAGGCACUCGGCUGGACUGAAGACCACUACCGCAAGCUCCGCGCCAUGUGGCGUGCUUGGCCCGAGCUCAAGGCCGAGGCCAACGAGGCAAAGUCCAAGGUCGUCGCUCUCACCGAGAAGCUCGCUCGCGCUGCCAAGGCCUCGGACGCAAAGUCCGCCACCAUCGGUGAAGUGCGCCAGGAGCGCGAUGCCGCACUCGAACGUGCUGAACGUGCAGAGGCUCGCCUUGCUGCGCGUACUGCCGCAGCCUCACUGGAAGUUAUGGAGGCCCGCACAAAGUGGCGCAUGGCCGAAGUCCAGCUUGACGAUCAGCGCGCCGAACUCGAGACCUCGGUCUUUGCCUCCAACGAGUCAAUCGAGCAGGUAGCUGCCCUUAACGCUACCCUUCGCGAGCUCCGUGCCGAGCGCUCCGAGCUCAAAACCGCCAACGCCAAGCUCGCCGCUCAAAUCACGAGCCUCAACGCACGCGCCGCCGCCGCAACCGCCGCUGCAGACUCGGCCGACGCCGCCCUUGACUCGGCCCGCAACACGCUGCUCGCUGAAAACGCCGUCCUGGGCGCAAAUGUCGAGGACCUGACUGCUGAGCUCUCGUCGGUUGGCGCCGAGCUCGACGCCGUCACCCGCGACCGCGACGACCUCAAGCAGUGCCUCGCCGACUCGCGUGCCCUGCUGGUCAAGGUCUCCAAGCAGAUGAAGGGUUUCCGCCGUGAGUACAAUGAUGCCAAAGACGAGCUACGUGGUGCGUACGCUCGAAUCGCCGCACUGGAGGACGAGGCUGAAGUCGUCCGUCGCGCGGCGCCUCCUGUUACAGCCCCUGAGCCUGUGUAUGAGGCUUGCGACUCAUUUACUGCCGACACUUUGCCCGACUCUCUACCUGCAGCACACGCGCUCAUUCGUGAGCUCUCUAUGCUCCAUGCCGAGAAGGAUGCACUCAUCUCGGUCAUGCAGGCUUCGGUCGAUGUCCUCGCCAUCCGUGCCGCUGACUCGGACGCUAGCGCGCUGUCCUCCCCGGCACCGAAAUCUGGCCUUGGCCCAGGCAUUGUCGCGCUCGAAGAGUCGCGGAUCCACGAGCUCUUUGACCAGCUUGUGGACCUAGAGACCGAGCGCGAUGCCGCUCAGGCCGAGCGUGAUGCUGCAGCUGCUCGCGCCGAGACUCUACAGACCGAUCUCGCCGCGGUGACUGCCAAGGCUGCCGCCGCCGAAGCAGAGCUGGAAGUGGCCCAGGAAGAGCUUGAGGCUCUCGUGCGAGACGGAGAGACUGCCCGCGAGAAUGAUGCGCAGCUCUCAGAUGCGCUCGCUGUGCUGCAGGCUCAGAACCACGACCUUGUCAACGAGGUUGUCGCCGCUCGUGCCAACACCGAGGCAGCCGCUCGCGCUGCCGAUGAGGCGGUCGCGCGACGCGCUGGUGUGGUCGAGCUCGAUCGCGACGAGUAUGAGUUGCUGGCUGCCCAGGCCGAGUCGGCAGCCCAGGUGACUGUGCUUGAAGACGAGCUGGCCGAAGCCAAACGGGUGAACACCAAGCUGCGGACCGAACUUGCCACCGCACGCCAGACUGCCGAACGGGCGCGACAAGAGCGCAUUGCAGCGCUCGCCGAGCCACGGUCGGUCUCGCCGCGCAAGGGCCGAUCCUCGCCGCGCAAGGCUCGUGGAUCAGGUCGCGGUCGUGGCCGUGGCCGUGGCCGUGGCCGUGGUCGCCCGCGCGGUCGUCCACGUGGUCACGACAGUGCGCGUAGUCCUGCCUUGGCGCAGCGGUCCAAGUCACGGUCGCCGGUCCGUCGCGAGAUCAUGUCGCCGUCGCAGAAUGGUCCGCACACUACCGGAAAGAUGCCGCGACACAGCCAGCCACAGGCAGCGUCUCCGGGCGCCGAGUCGGUGACAAGCCAGCGGCGCAAGCUUUACCGUGUCCACAAGCGUGAUGGCUCUGUGGUCAUUGUGGCACGCAAGCCGCGGCGGCGAUCAGUCUCGGCACUGCCGCGAGCAAUAUCGGGCGAAGGCGAUCAUAGCUCCGGUCCAGUGUCGGCGUCGCCGGCUCGGCGCAAGCAUUACCGCGUCUACCACCGUAACCACGAAGUCGAGAUUCUCGACAGCAAGCCCAAGGGCGUGCGGCCACGGUCAGCGUCGCGCUCGUUGUCGCGAGCCCGCGCUCGUGCGUCCUCAAUGAGCGCUGGACCCGACUCGCCGCUGCCACGCGCUCGCGCGAGUAGCACCAAGCGCAAGCGGUAUCGCAUCACGCAUCGCGACGGCACCGUCGAGAUUGUCGACCGCAAGCCGGACGGUCUCGAGUCGAGCAAGAAGGCCGCACAGGCACGCCCUGGGACUGAUGCAGACGUUGGUGGCGGCUCGGGAUUGGGUGAAGGUGUGAGUGAGGACGCAAGCUCAGACGGCGGGUCGUCAUCGUCGUCAUCAUCGUCGUCAUCUGGCCGCGGGCGCGCCAGCUCGGUCGAGCCGGGCCAGCGUUCCAAGUGGUACCGCAUCAAGCAUCGCGAUGGAAGCGUCGAAAUGGUUCGCAAGUUGCCUGGUGACAAGCGGCUGCGCUCCAAGUCGCGGAAGCGGAUGGCGGCAGCCGAGGCGCCAGUCCCGGCCACAGCCCCGGCAGAAGUUGCCGCCGACAUCAACGACAACGGCGACAAGCCAUGGGUUCCUCUCGAGCUCCGUGGCAAGGCCAAGUCGGAGAUGACUCGGGCGGAGCGCAAGGCGUAUGUUCGAGCACGUCGGGCGUUUAAGGCAUCACAGGAGGCGCUUGACGGUGGGGAGGCGACCAGAGAGCGCCAGUCCAAGGCACCAGCAUCUGCACCGGCAACGACAUCGAUACCUGAGCAGCUGGCCGCAAGCCCGCGGCGGACCUUCCCUGACUGGGUGCCAGCUGACCUGCGGCGGGCCAAGUCGACGUACAGUGAGGCUGACAAGCGGCGCUAUGUGCGCGCCAAGAGGGCCGCACUCGGACCGGCGCCCGCGGCACCAGUGGCAGAGAGGACCUCUAUGUCUCCGGCUUCGGCUCUGGCUCCGGCUCCGGCUCCGGCUUCAGCCCCGGCUCCGACACAGCCCCGAGCUGCUAUUGGGCAGCAUGGAGCCGAGCGCGACGAUGGAUGGCUUCCAGAACACUUGCGUGGCGUGCGCAAGUCGGAGAUGACGUCUGCGCAAAAGCGCGAGUACAUCCGGGCUAGGCGGAUGCGCGACAAGGCGGCGCUGCUGGGAAAGGGCGUAUGACUACGCUUGGUCGCCGUACUUGAUGAUAUGAGGCGAGUCGUAAACGUUACCAACAACCGA